AUGGAUGCUACACACGAUCGAGAUAUUGAGCUACAAAGAGCGUCUGGCGAGCUUAUUGAAGAAUUUCGGACAAAAUUACCUCCUUUACUUUGGAAACACCAUGGGUCCGAGAAACGCGUGGUUCAUCGUUGGGCAAAGGCAGCGAAAGUAGAGAAACUAGUCCUCCUUUUGGACCCAUUUCAAGAGUGGCCACAACUUUUGGAUCCCCAUCUUAACUGGGUUCUCACACAUCUUACGGAUGCUUUUCUAUCAUAUCUGUUUUGUCACAAGCAGAGCUAUGCCUCCACCGUCAGGAUUAGAGAGUCAGGCUUGAUGCACCCGCUAACAAGGGCAAUAUGUAAAAUCAUAUAUACCCUAUGUAAGGUGCGGGGCCCGAAGGUGAUCUCCCAAUUUUUCAACAACGAACCGAAAUAUCUUGAGCCAAUGCUUUCCAUAUUUAUCGAAUGGGAUACCAUUGUCAGUGUAGAUAUAGACAGUUCGACCAGGACCGGUCAAGGCCUGCCGUUAAAUUGGGAAGAACGAUAUGUUAUGCUUCUAUGGCUAUCACACCUUCUCCUGGUUCCUUUUGAUUUAUCCUCUAUCUCAUCAGAAAAUAUUUCGAUUCCCCACGAGAAUCUAUCAGUACUAUCGGGCCUUCCUACAAAAACCCCCAAGAUAGCGCUUUCAGUUCUCUCAGUUGCUCUGAAAUACCUAGUAUUGCCAGGAAAAGAGCGAGAGGGUGCUAUUCUUGUACUAUCAAGACUCGCCUUGAGACGGGAUAUGCAACAGCUCGGUAUCCUGGAUUCCCUUGUCAAAUGGGCCCUUGGGUAUUUAAAGCCCAGCGACGGAACCCCAGCACCUUCAACCUUUACCUGCAUCGGGCUACUAUCAUUUAUAGCCAAACUUGGUACCCUGGCUCAAGUUGAAGAUAUUGCACCCUAUGUUAUACCUAUAUUUAACCAAAUCCUAGGUCUCUCUAGCGGGAGUUCUGAAGUUUCUGUAACCAUCCAAUCCUCAGCUUCCACUCGAAAGCUCUUAACCAAGAUUCUCCGAGAAAUGACCAACCUUGCCUUGACGUUAGAGGCGAGGUCAGAUCUUAUACAUAUUUCAUCUGAUGAAGUAUCCACAGUCCUAGAGGAUACCAUUGAUUACUUAUUGCUUGCCGUUGGCGAUAAGGAUACACCUGUUCGAUUUGCAGCAAGCAAAGCGUUAAGCAUGAUUGCGCUCAAACUAGAUCCGGAUCUUGGUGCAGAUAUAAUAGAUGCUGUGAUUGGUGCAUUGGAGGAAGAUGUCCUUUAUGAAAAAGAGAAUGGUGCAUUGGUAUCUAAAGAAAAGGCUGAAUCUAUGCCUGACGGUCUUAUAGUGAGGAAUGUUAAAUCUGUCGAUGCUCAAAAAUGGCAUGGCCUUAUGCUCACGCUUGGCCAUUUACUAUUCCGACGAUCUCCUCCCAUUGAUCGACUAUCUCAGUUAUUACACUACCUAAUUUCAGGUUUAACUUUUGAACAAAGGUCGUCGACAGGUGCUUCGAUCGGCGUCACUGUUAGAGAUGUAUCCUGUUUUGGUAUUUGGUCCCUUGCUCGAAAGUACUCUACAAAAGAACUUGAGUCUGUCAAAGCCUGCACAAUGGAAGCCAAACAUAAAACGAUAUUGCGGAGCUUAGCGAUUGAACUUGUGUCUUCUGCCUGCCUUGAUCCCUCAGAAGGGAUAUCAAUCGUUCAGAUUGUGGAUUAUCACUCAGUCGCACGAAGAGAAAUUGCUAUGACUGAGGUGUCUAUGGCAACUGCGAGGCUUGACAAUGUGUACUGGUCGCCACUGAUAGGAGGACUUCUACAAUGGAGAGGAAUUGGCGCGCCAGACCCCAAGUCAAGGAGGACGGCAGCCUCAGCUAUUGGAGAAUUAAGCUUGCAAAUGUCGUACAAUGGGAUUGGUACUGUGCUAGACAGGAUUAUGCAUAUUUUGUCAUCGUCACCCACAAAUUCAGUCGAAACUAGGCAUGGAGCUUUUUUGGCUCUUUCUGCUACGAUUGAUGCUUUCAUUCGCUAUCGAACUAAUGACAACGAUACCCCUGAUGAUUUUAUUCCUUUAGUUGACGUCUCUCAGCAAAUACAUCAACUUUGGAUGGUAUUUGACUCACCAUUAGAACCUUCUGUGGAAAGUCUGACUCUCCAAUCAUUCAGACCAGACUUAACCGCAGAGGCUUGCUCUCGCCUGAUUUCUUCGCUUGCUCGCUCAUACGCCACUUUAAGUGAUAGCCCCACUGGCCCUCGGUCACUACUUUUUAAUAGUGAUUUACUAGAAAAGGUUAUUAGCGUUUUGAUGCUCUGUGUUCAGCGAAGUGACGAUGAGCCUGUCGAAGCCAGUUCCCAAGCAGUGUCAGACUUGUUUACCCUUUUGUCCCUGGAGAGAAAGUCGACCAUCAUUCACGGAUGGCUUAAUAGCAUUGGCUCCAACAGGAAGAAAACAACUGGCCGUGGGCAAAUAGCAGCGUUAGGCGCUGCCUAUCGGCACUUCCCACUUAGUGGAAGUGAGAGGAAGCACAUUCUUGAUGAACUUGUAAGAUGUACUGAACCAGAAGAGAUUGUAAUUAUAAAACGUGUGUCCGCCGUGGAUUGUAUAAUAACCGGAGUACUUCCGCAUAUCGAUAAUACAGAUCAGAUCGAGAAUCAUAUUGAGGUAUUACUCAACGACUAUACCACUGACAACCGAGGUGAUGUUGGAUCUCUAAUACGGACCGAAGCAAUCGGUGGCGUAUGCGUGCUCUUAGAGUCUCAUUUAAAGGGCGCGGCUAAAGCUUCAAACUUACAUAGCAUUAUGAAGCACGUCAUGAGGCUAGCAGCUGAGAAACUGGAUAAAGUCAGAUUUAAGGCCUGGAAAUGCUUCCAAAUAUUUUGGGAAUCAGAUGGAAGCCUGCCUCCACUGAAAAGGAAAUUUGAUCAUUUCAGUGAAGUCUCAACCGCUGACUACUUUUCUCAACUUGCUACCCUGCUUCAAGUUGACUGGCUUCGCUUACCUCUAAUAAAGGGACUAAUUACCUCCCUUACCGCUGGUGCAGACAGCCUUAUCAACUCAUCGCGCGCUGCGCUUGUGGAAUUCAUAAAUAGCCAGGACGAUGACCCUAAAUGUUAUUUAUGUAGGGAGCUGUUCAGGGAUCUUCUUACAAUACUAGAGGAAAAUAUUGCCAAUGACCGCUAUUCCAUACCCACUGUUGAGGCUUUCGCAUUUUUACUUGAAAAUUGCUUUGUCCCGGAAAUGCUUGAGUUGGAUUCUGAGCAUCUAAAGAAACUUUUCCGCCUUGUCCAAAAAUCCCACUUCAAGUCUACUAACAUCCCGAGAAUUGAAGCAGCUCUGAAAGUUACAAUGAGAAGGGAUGCAACGUCUAAGAUGAUAAAUAUGCUUCUACAUCCAUAUCCAAAGAUACGGGUUCUUGCCAGCGAAUAUCUCUUCACUCAAACAGAGAAUAGCUUGUUGAAAACACAGGAUUGGAUGUGGCCUCCGAAGCACCUGAAAUUGAUAGUGGACAGUCUACGUCAAAUUGUUGUGCCAUAA